AGAUUUCUCCUACACUCAGUUUAAACAUGAAUUCAAGGAUAAAAUAAAGUUAUGAACGAACAAAAAAAGUCUUUCUCCUUCGGAGGCGGAGAGACUAAAGUUUUGACUUGUUACGAAGCAUCAGAUUGGUUUGUGAAGAAUGUUCUAACCAUAAACCUGGAAAAAGAAAAUGUCAGAUUUCCAGAGGAAAAAAUAAGAUUUGGAAUAAAUCCCGAGAUUCCUAAACACAAGGUACAAGAUUUAAAAGAUCAUGGUGCUACACACCUGAACAAGGCUGAUUCUGAUAAAUUUGGAGGAUUUAUCGGAAACUAUGAAGGAGCGGAGUGUGAGAAAAUAGUCUGGGAUUAUCUGAUUAAAACACAAGAAGAAUUUAAAAUCCGUACCGCCAUGUUUCACAACUUUGAUCAAAAUAUGUUUCUUCGCUUUACUUCUGGUGCCGAUAAAGUUGAAGUAUCUGAUGCCAACAAAGUUGAAGUAUCUGAUGCUGACAAAGUUGAAAUAUCUGGUGCUGACAAAGUUGAAAUAUCUGGUCCUGACAAAGUUGAAGUAUCUGGUCCUGACAAAGUUGAAGUAUCUGAUCCUGACAAAGUUGAAAUAUCUGAUGCUGACAAAGAUGAAGUAUCUGAUGCUGACAAAGUUGAAGUAUCUGAUGCCAACAAAGUUGAAAUAUCUGAUGCUGACAAAGUUGAAAUAUCUGGUGCUGACAAAGUUGAAAUAUCUGAUGCCAACAAAGUUGAAAUAUCUGAUGCUGACAAAGUUGAAAUAUCUUGUGCUGACAAAGUUGAAAUAUCUGGUGCUGACAAAGUUGAAAUAUCUGGUGCUGACAAAGUUGAAAUAUCUGGUGCCUACAAAGAUGAAAUAUCUGGUCCUGACAAAGUUGAAGAAUCUGGUCCUGACAAAGUUGAAGUAUCUGGUCCUGACAAAGUUGAAGUAUCUGAUGCUGACAAAGUUGAAGAAUCUAAGGCUGACAAAGAUGAAGUAUCUGAUGCUGACAAAGUUGAAGUAUCUGAUGCUGACAAAGUUGAAGAAUCUAAGGCUGGCAAAGAUGAAAUAUCUGGUGCUGACAAAGUUGAAAUAUCUGGUGACGACAAAGUUGAAAUAUCUGAUGCUGACAAAGUUGAAAUAUCUGGUCCUGACAAAAAUGAAGUAUCUGAUGCCGAUAAAGUUGAAAUAUCUGGUGCUGACAAAGUUGAAGUAUCUGGUGCCGACAAAGUUGAAAUAUCUGGUGCUCCAAAAGAUAAAGUAUCUGGUGCCGACAAAGCUAAAGUAUCUGAUGCUGAAAAAGUUAAAGUAUCUAGUGCUCCGAAAGUGAAAGUAUCUGAUGCUGACAAAGUUGAAAUAUCUGGUGCUCCCAAAGUGAAAGUUUCUGGUCCCGACAAAACUCAAGCAUCUGAUGCCGGCCUAACUACCAAGGGAAAAUCUAACAAACCUGUAAAAUCCCAAGCUCCCAAUGCAAGCAAUGCUUCCAAAGGUAAAGCUAACAAAACUCCCAAAGUUAAAGACCCAAAUAAACUUGACAACAAGGAGUUCGACUUUAUCUUUAUUUUGGCGGAAUACAAGAUGUUUUGCCUUGUAGAGGUUAAAGCAGGGUUCAAGGGAAACACAAAGUGGGAGAACCAAGCUGAACAUGGUGAACAUUAUUUUAACAAACUUAUUGAGUUCAUUGGAAGAGAUAAAUACAAGGAUUGGACAUUUCUACCAAUUGGAGUUUUUCCUAACUCUCCUGAUCGCAAGCAGGUUAAAGUAAACUACUGGUUCAAGACAAAAUAUCCGGCUCACCUAAUUCUCACUAAACAAGAGCUUGAGCUGAAAGAUGGAAACCUUGUCCUGGAGUUAGAGAACCAACCGAGCACUCAACUCAACACCUUUCCUCUUGAUGAGACGUACCUUGAUCUUGUUAAAAUUAUGCUGGCCUCUGCCUACAGUUCAGAGAAUAGUGGGAUCAUGAACCUUGAUAGGAAAAAUCUCUUUUUUUUUAAGAUCUAA